CGCCCAAACCCCAAACACAAAAAAAACUUGUAUUGGCAAAAUCGGAAUAAAGUAAAAAUAAAGCAGGAUAUUUGAGUGCGCCGACCACAGAGCAGCGUACCGAGAGCCCCAAAUUAAAUUGCGAGCGUUCACAGGACAGGACGAGGAUUCGCAGGCUACACGAUGAGUGUCCUGGCGUAUCCACGUACCAACGACGAGGAGAUUUUCCGUCACUGCACCAAGGACUGCGGCGUGGUGACGGCCACAGAGGACUUCCAAUACUUCGCACUGCGAUGUAUCUUCUGCAGCGAAAAGUUCCUCUAUUUCGACUCCUUCAUUGGCCACAUGCAGACAGUCCAUCUGGGCGAUCAGUCCGUGGCGAAUCCCGCCUCCCGUCUAUCCUUUAGUCUAGGAGAGCCAAUGUCCCUGUCGAGUCGCAACGGGGAUCUGCCUAACUUCCACGAGAUCGAAGACUUAACGGACGCAGACACGGCUCUGCUGGAGCCGCAGAUGGUCAUCAAACAGGAGCUGCAAGAACUGCCAUGCAGCGACGAUGAUGUGGUUGCGAAUGAGGAUGACGACGACGAGCACAGGUUACCCGAUUCUGAUGUCGGCGAGGAUGAAGACGAAGCCAUACUGCCCGAGAACGAUGUUCCAGUAGUCAGUUCCAAGCCACGACCGCGCAAAAAGGUCACGAAGCAGCGCCAUAGGGACAUUUCCAGCGAGGUACUCAUCGCCGGCGACGGUGACUCCUCCAUGGACGACUAUGGUGAUCCAGACAACAGCUACAUGGACGACAACUCCGGCGAGUACAUGGACUACGGCGGUUUCGACGGUGCCAACCACAGCGGCUUCGGUCCAGAAUCCGACUUCCUCAGUUAUGAUGAGAUGGUGGAGGAGUCUUUACUGGGACGCGACCGGGAGGUUACGAUGCAUAUUAAGGACCGCAAGAUGAUCCAGUUCCUCAUCCACUCGUAUCAGCGCAACCCCUUUUUGUGGGACCACGGCAAUGCACAGUUUCGGGAUCGUGUGAAGCGCGCCCGCUUUCUCGACUGGAUUGUGCUAGAGUUCAAGAGUCGCUUCAAUAUCUCACUGGCCAAGGACGCCAUCACCCGUAAGUGGGACAACCUGCGGACGGUGUACAAGCGGGAAUGCAAUCGUAUGGCCCUAGAGAAGACCAAUAUCAGUACGCUGUGGUACUUUAAGGAGCUCCAUUUCCUCAACGAGGUAUACAGUUACAACGAUAAGAUGUCCGAUGCCGUUGUCAAGGAAACCUCCUAUCGACGCCGCUUUUCGGCCAUUUGGAACGACACGUCCACGGCCAAGCUAUUGAGCAUGGUGAAGAGGUAUCAGUGUUUUUACAAUCGCUUUGAUCCUGACUAUCGCAGCAAGGAAAGACGAGGCGAGGGACUCCAUCAGAUGGCCAUUGAACUGCAGCAGCUGAUCGACGUAACCACCAUUCAGAUCUCGAAGCGAAUUUCCCAGCUGCGCUUCGACUACUCCAAGCAGAAGAUGGAGCGCCUCAAUAGCGAGCGUCUGGGAAAGAAAUUCAUAGCGAACUAUAUAUACUACGACCAGAUGCACUUCAUGGACGACGAUAUACCGCCUUUCAAGUGCCCGCAUUGUCCGGAGAUUGUGCAAACACUCAGAGAACUGGACCUCCAUAUGCUCACUCACCAGCCCAGUUUGGGUGGCGGUUAUUUCUGCAAUAUUUGCAGCAUCCAGUUCCACAAUGCGGAGGAGUUUGAUAGCCACAAGCAGUUGCAUUUGGGCGGCGUAACCGAAGUAAAGUUCAAUUGUGAAUUGUGCACGGCCAGCUUCCGGGAGAAGGCUAACUAUGAUGAGCACCUGCGGCGGCAUAACGAGGAGCUGUUCCUUCCCUCACUGGCGCUUAAUCACAGCAUUAUGGACGGUGGUGUUGGGGAUGAGGAAAUCAAAACUGAAGGCGAAGAAUCCCGAGGCAGCGGCACUCGACGAAGAAAAAAAGCUUCCAAGUCAGCUGUUGAUAUUGCCGACGAUGAAGAUCCAAUGGGCGGUGGUGGUGGCAGUGAUAUUGCCAAGCCAUAUGGAUGCGAAGUGUGUCGCCGCAGCUUUGCCACGCCGGGUCACCUAAAUGCGCAUCAAAUUGUUCAUCAGGAUGAGCGGGAGCGGUGCUAUAAAUGCGACUAUCCGCAGUGCAAUAAAUCGUUUGUGGCGCGCAACAGCCUGUUUGAGCACCUGAAACAGCACUAUAGCAACGAGGAGUUCAAGUGCGAUAUCUGUGGCAAGACAUUUAAGUCUACAAAGAACCUGCAGAACCACAAACAAAUCCAUGACAAAAUCAAGCGUUACGUCUGCCAAAUCUGUGGUUCGGCGUUCGCCCAGGCGGCUGGUCUCUAUCUGCACAAACGUCGGCACAAUCGACCCAAUGGAGCCGUCGGAGCUGUUGGGCGUUCGGGUCGUAGUAGUCUGUGAGAUAGGGAUUGGGAGAGGGACAAGGACAAGGACCAUUCCAAGGCCAAAAGCCGCGGUCGGGGGCGCGGUCGUGGCCGUGGGCGUGGUCGCUAUGUCAAAUAGUUUUAAAAGUAACUGAAACUGCAACUGUAACGUCUUUAAAUUGCCAGCAAUCCAGGCAGCUUAGUUAGUUUUUUUUAAUAUUAAUUUUAGGCUCGGCCCUUUUUGCAAUAUGAUUCGGUUCGGAAUUAAAGCCAGUUAACUGAAACUUAAUAGGAUUAAUCAGAAACCUUAAUCGAAGUUUCUCUUCGUUACAAAUAUUCUUAUUUGUACCAUUUAUAUUGCUUGAAUCGUAAAAUUCAAACAGCAGGGUCUCUUGUAUUAUUUUGUUUUAUAUUUUAAUUUGAUUGUGUUUUAUAUUAUAUAAAUCCAAUUUACCUGUAGUCGUACUUAAAAGCAAAAAAGUAUUUAACAACGCCCAUUAAUGCAACUUUAGUUUUAAGCAAAAUGGCAAACACUUCCUUCCACUUCCCAAUGAUUAUUGAGUAAGUUCAAAUAGAAAGAGAUAGAGGCAGGAAGGGGCCAAAAAAGAGAGGGAUAGAUCGGUACUUAUAACAAAUAACAAAUACUUAACAUUUCAGUGCCAAUUUCGAGUUCUUCUACCCCAAACACAACACACAAGGAAACACAAAGAUUGUAAUUAACCAUGUAAGAAUUGUAAACAUUCCUCCUCAUCCCCUCCGUUCCCAAAAUCGAUGUGAGCGAGUCGAUACAUUCCAGAACUAAGUAUUUCAUAAAGUAUUCUAUGUACUAACUAUAUAUUUAUACGAAAGUGAACUAAAAGUGCAGACAACCAUAUAUGCCAUCAAACUGAUAAACCGAACAGAAAACCAAGCCACUUAUGCCGAUAAUUAACAGCAAUAACUAUUUUACUAAGCAUCUAACAAUUAUGUUUAAGCCACUAAAACCGAAAUACACACAUACAUACACAAAAUAUAAUGUACUGCACGGUGAGUGAUGCAGCUUUAAGGCAAUUGCUAUUGCCUUAUGGUUACGAAUCGCACUGUCCGCGAAUGACUGAAUCUGUAAUACAUUUCGAGGCGAAUUAGUUUCUCGAAAAUCGCGCCGCUUCGUCCUGUAAUUGUAACCUUAACCGUAUAUUGUAACCCUAUUUGUAAAUAUAUAACUCGAGCAGGCCGAUUAACUAUUAACAUACAUAUUAGCUAUAGCCAUGGCAAUAUAGCAUACGGAAACGAUCGCCCAGUGUUGGGCGAAGCUUCAUCUAAUCCUAAGUUCAUUUAGCACAAUUUCGCGGACCACACGGAUCUGCCAGCUUACUCAUGCGAAAUAAACCAAAAUCCAAGAUCUUGCUUAUCAACGAUCGUCGCCGAUAGCGGAUUCACUUGGUUUACUUUUUGGAUUUAGUCGAGCAUUCAAACAAAUUGUGAAAUAGUUAACAGAAAACGAGGAGACAAAAUAAGAAACAAAACAAUUAAGAGCCAGAAGGAGAUUAAUAAUCACAAGAAUCGUAACAAAAGUGCGCUUCCAGGAGAAUCAGACGGAAAAACCACAACCUACAAAAAGCAAAGAGAAACUCAUCCGAAACAAAAACGAAAUAUUUAAACAAAGUAGAAUCGUAAUGACUAUUUUAACAAAACAUAAUAAGCGUCUUCUAAAAAUGUAAAUUAAAUAAGAGAAAAAAUGUAAACAAA